CAAGUGCCAUUUCAAAUUUGCUUUCAAUUCGUCGAUUGUAACAAUAUUGAUUCGACUCGACGGGUAUUGGACGUUAUGCAGAACCCUGUCCUUCUGGAAUCGCCACAUUUUCUGUCUUACCCAUGGCCGACACGAUCUCUAUCAUUGGCAUCGCAGCCUUACGUGCUUGCUAUCGCUUCGCUUCCCGCUCAUUAUGCAACUGCAUCGUCUACACCAUCGAAUACAAUAGAAAUUUAUGACAAGGCCUCACUGCUGCACAUACAGAGUCUAGGUGGUCACGAAACGGCCAUCACCUCCCUUAAAACAGUUGAAUCCAUUGCAGGGUUCAGCCGGCAGUCCUUGGUUUCCUCGGGGCACGAUGGAUCAGUUAAAGUCUGGGAUGAUCGUUCCAAUUCACAUAGCAUCAAAAUGACCAACCUCGGCAAAAGCAAUGCGCUACUUUGCUGUGAUAUCUCUCCAGAUGGAUUUACUGUAGCCGCUGGAACGGACCUUCAGGGUGAUGACGCGAAUAUUUUAUUCUGGGACCUGCGGCAACCAGCUACUCCACUGCGUACCCAUGGAUCGACGCACUCAGACGACGUCACUGUCCUGCAAUUCGCUCCAAAUAAUGUACUACUCUCCGCUUCAGCCGACGGGCUCUUAUGUCUAUCCGAUGCUGCCGAGGAUGAUGAAGAUGAAGCAGUACAACAGGUAGCGAAUUGGGGCUGCAGCGUUUCACAAGCCGGAUUUAUGGCAUCUUCUAGUAUGUCCCCGCAGAUUUGGGCAUCUAGUGAUAUGGAAACAUUCAGUACCUGGUCAAAUGAGCUGGAUCCCCUUCAGAGCGUGGACAUACGCGCUCCGUCUGUACAUAAUCGAAAUUGCACCUGGGUGACGGACUACCUCGUCACCUGUACAAGCCAGCCUAACGGCGACCUUGCUGUGUUCACUGGUUCUAAUGAAGGAGACAUUGCACUUUUGUCAAAUUCUGACCUAUCCACGCAAAAUUCGCCAUGGUUGCUACACAAAAUAUGGAGCAACGGCCACGCAGGUGUAGUGCGAUCACUACUAUGGGAUGAGAAUAACCAAGUGCUUCUCACGGGCGGAGAAGAUGGAAAGAUUAAUUCUUGGUCAUUGAGAUCUGCUUCAGAAGAUGGCAUGGACAUUGACACGUCGCCGCGCAAACGAAACAUGGAUUGGGAAGAUGACCGUGAGGAGGGCAAACGAUUUAGAACAUAUUAAGAGUUGUCAGCUAUCAAAGCGUGUAUAAAUCCUCAUAAAGUCGUAUCCAAAGAGUCAGUGCAAAUACAUCGUCCGAUUUAGUCCAGCUCCUGCAACGAACAUGAA